GCUGAUUUAGAUCUAUAUACUGUUAGCUAGUUAUAUAUUAAUUCUAGCUACCAAACUAGCUAAGUUAGUCUAACGUCGUCAUGGGACAUCAGGUUUCCUGCUCUGGCUAUGCGUUGUUGGAGGGACCAGCUCGAUUUACAUGUCUAGGAAAGUAAAUUGAACUUAAUUACUUACCUGAACUGCUCAGUUGUUGCAACUAUCGAUGAACGCAAAAAUAUAUGGACAAUGUGUACCGCUAUCUAGCUAGCAUUGUAACGAAGACGAAACCCCAAGUACUUCCCCUUGACAAAUAUUACACCGGAAGCAAAAUGGGUUUGCGUGCGUAACUUUCAAAACAGUCCCCCUUGUGUUGCCAGAAAUACUAGCUACUAACUUUUGUUUUAUUAAUUCUCCCUACGAUAACACAAUUAGUGACAGUAUUAUUAUCAUAAAUUCAUGAGUCUAAUACCUGUGUUGGUUAGGUGAGCUGUUGUGUGGAUGUAGAUAAGCGAACUAUUCCAGAUGCCGAACAGCGGUGAGGAGUGGCAGGUGGCCCGGCGACGGAAGGGAGCAGGCCGCAGAGGGAAGAUUCCUCACACGGCCUGUCAUGAACCUGGACACGCCGACGCUGUGGACACAGACAGGACCAAACAAAGGAUCACAGAAACCAUGGCUGAACUGAGGUGUGCAGACUUCUGGUUUGAGUGGAGAGAUCGACUGACGGCUGUGGGUAAGGCAGACUCCCCAGAGGUUGGAGGGGACCCAGCAGCAGGCUCUGACCCAGGACCUGAGGGUAGGGACCGGGCCCGGGAGGCCCCUAGCGGCCCACUGGAGUGUGUGUGUUAUGGUCUGGGCUCCUUCUCUUCCUGUGUGACAGCUCGUUACCAACUAGCUAUGCUGCUAUUGAUUCUGGAGUCACUACAGAUCCCUAUGGAGCAGUGCAGUGUGUACGACCCUGUGUUUUCCUCAGGGGAGAUGGAGGUACUGAGACAGCUUGGCCUCACCGUGCUGACUGAGAACGAGGAGGGAAAGCGAGCAGUGUCGAGGCCAACUCUUUUCUACCUGAUGCAUUGUGGGAAGGCUCUGUACAACAACCUGCUGUGGAAGAACUGGAGUAGAGAUGCACUGCCUCUACUGACUAUCAUAGGAAACAGCUUUGCAGGCAUACAGGACAGGAUGAUUCAGAGAGAACUCAAGAGAGACUACAGCUACAUAGCACACGCUGUGUGUGUGUGUGAGGAGUGGCCCCUUCCAUGCCCGUCCCGACUCCUGGACAUCUUCAAUGACACUGCCCUCAUCACCUUCAAGCCCAGCAGCCUCUGCAACCUCCCACAAUCCACCUGGGGGGAAGCACCAGAGCCCCAAUACCAACACUGCCCCGAUCUGGAGAUCAUACAGAGGCCCACAGAGAUGAGAGAGGUGGAGGAUGAAGGAAUCAUUGUGGUCUCUGUGGUUCCCAGUGAAAUGAGAGAAUAACAAGGAUUUUUUUUGCCCUUGUAAUCCUUUGGUGGGACAUUUUCUUUUUGGGGUAAAUUUAUUUUCAGGGUGGAAAAACGCGUUAAGUUUAAACUUAAACUAAAACUAGAUAUAAAGUAUGUAGAAAAGUCAA